AUGGAGACCAUCAAGAAUACGAUCGGGGAAAACUUUGGUGGCAUGGCCCAGAGCCUGAGCACUCAUCAAUUCAAUCUCGACGAUGUGCCCGAUCUGUCGGGUAAGAUCGCAAUCGUGACAGGGGGUAGCGAGGGCAUUGGCUAUGGUUGUACCUACACGUUAUUGAAGCAUAACAUUUCCAAGGUCUAUAUCCUCUCCGUGUCUGAAGAAGUCGCCAAGGGAGCCAAAGCAGCCAUUGGUCAAGACCUGGGCCAAGAGACAGCAAACAGGACGGAAUGGUUGUUUUGCGACAUUUCGGAUUGGAAGAAGGUCAAGGAGGUGGCCGAGCAACUUAAGGAGAAGACCGAGCGGCUGGAUAUUCUCAUCAACAACGCAGCGCGAGGUAUCAUGAACUUUCAGCUGACGGACUAUGGGGUGGACAGGCAUAUGGCAUUGAAUCAUAUGGGACACGUCGUCCUGACAUCGCACUUGCUCCCGCUCGUGAAGAAGACUGCGGAACAGGGCAACGUGGUCCGGAUAGUCAACCAAGCCAGCAACGCGCAUCAAGCUACGCCAAGUGACACCAAGUUUGAGAACCUUGAGGAGCUUAACCGGGAUCUAGGCCCUAACGGCAACUACGGGCGAAGCAAACUCGCGGGUGUAAGUCACUGGAUAAGGAGAGCCUAUCAGACGGACGGCAUCGACCUCAUUUGUUCGGAGCCGCCUGUCACUCGAGGCCUGUCCCGGGCCCCUAGACAUCAUCUGAACCUCCUGUUUGCUGACUUUUCAAUACGACAGAUUCUAUACGCCAGGUACUUCGCACGGCAUGUGACGCAGACUGGUCACCCUAAUGUGUUGAUGAAUGCGAGUCAUCCCGGAUUCGUGUCGACCAAGAUGAGCAAAGAAGAUAUCCAUGAGCCGUACCCUCUAGGAGGCUAUGCUAUGUCCAUCGGCAUGGAGCCUUUCAAGAAGGACCAGUUCGAAGGUGCUGUAUCAACAAUAUUUGCCGCCACGACGAUUACCGAGUCUGGGCAAUACAUCUGCCCACCAGCUGUCCCCGAGAGUGGCAGCGAACUUGCACAAGACGAUGCCCUUGCUGACCGUCUCAUGGAUUUGACCCGCAGAACUGUCAUGGAGAAGACAAGGCAGGAUUCUGCAGCCCAAGGCUGUCCCUUUGACGAUCUGGUGCUUCAUUGA